CCGCGCGCGUGCCGGCGUGGGCGUGGACCGCCCUGCGGGGGCCCGCCCGGCGUUUUGUGCAGCUUGCUCCCCACGCAGCCCCCCUCUCCUCCCUCCCCUCCCGGACCCCGGCUUCCACCCCGAGUGGUUAAGGAGAGCGACCAGAUCAAGAUCCAGUUUCAGACAUGAGACUCAUUGGGUGAUCAUUUUGUUGAGAUCAACUUGAAUGACCAGGUGUGAACUGCAAGAGGAGUUGCUAUGACUGAGGAAUGACUUUGCAGUUCGCUUUUCCUGCCUCCACUCCUGAGUCCUUGGAUUAUAGGCUUGAUGCAGAUUUGGAGAAUGAGCCCAGCACUGGAACUCAAAUUUCAUUAUUGCCCGUCUCUACUUUGGAUUCUACAGAAGAAACGAUGUCUCAAACACUACCUACAUCUCAGGAUUCUAGCCAGUUAUUAUACAGGCUCAUGGUUGAAAAACAGCAGGAGGAAGAAGAAUGGAAAAACUUAAAUGGGCUGUUGAUGAUGCAUGGCUUCAAACCUUUGUGUCUCAUCAAAAGAGCUGACCUCAAAGAUCUCAUUGUUUUUGACAAACAAUCAUCACAAAGAAUGAGGCAGAAUUUGAAAAUGCUGAUGGAAGAAACAACCCGGCAGCGGCUCAUGAUCCAGGAGCUUGUAGACACAAAUCAGCAGCUUAAGAAGGACCUUCAGCUAGAACAGAACCGAGCGGCACACCAGGAACAGCGAGCCAAUGACCUGGAGCAGAUUAUCGACAGUGUGAAAUCCAAAAUUGGUGAACUGGAAGAUGAAUCCCUAAACAGGGUUUGCCAGCAACAAAAUAAAAUAAAAGACCUUAAAAAGGAGCAUAAAACGUUACAGAUGAAAUGCCAGCAUUAUAAGAAGAAACUAGUGGACCAAGAUGAGACCAUUGCUGCUUUGCAAAAGGAUAUCUACAGAUUUACCAAAGAGGAAGAGGAGCGCGUUAUCAUUCAAAAUAGAGUGUUUGCCUAUCUCUGCCGAAGAGUUCCUCAUUCAGUCUUGGAUAAACAAUUGCUUUGUCUUAUUGAUUACUAUGAAUCUAAACUUCGAAAACUCCAUAGAGAAAGGCAGUAUAAGGAAGACAACAGUCAGUCAGAGGACGAAAAAGACUAUGGAAACCUGGAUGGCUCACCCAGUUACAAAGGCCUUCUGAUGUCGUUACAGAAUCAACUCAAGGAAUCAAAAUCCAAGAUUGAUGUGCUGCUAAGUGAAAAGCUGAACCUCCAAAAAGAUCUGGAAAACAGGCCCACAGAACAUGAAUUAAGACUUUAUAAACAACAAGUGAAGAAACUGGAAAAAGCCCUUAAGAAAAGCAUCAAAUUACAAAAGAUUAUUGGUCAAAAAAAGACUGGUGACACGGAGAAAAAAGAUGAGCCCAGCAAAGACAGCCAUCAAAAGGCUCUAGUUGACCAGAGAUACUUUCAGGUGCUGUGCAGCAUCAAUUCAAUUAUUCACAACCCACGAGCUCCAGUAAUUAUUUACACACAGAGUAAGGGAGGAGCUAAAAACUUCAAUAAAGAUAUUCAAGAUUGUGGAUUUGAACACCUCAUUCCUAUAAUAGAAACGUGGGCAGAUGAAAUGACAUCCUUAAAGGAUUUGUAUAAGUCCUUAAAAAUGCUGUCUGCAGAACUGAUACCUUGGCAUAAUUUGAAGAAAACAGCUGAAAAUGAAGGUGUGAAAGUAGAAGAUCUGUUGGUGGUGGUAGAAACCAUGUUGGAAGAAGUUGAAAACAAGAAAGAGAGCAGCAACACACCAAACUUUCAGACUUUGCAAGCUAUUGUUUUUCACUUCCAAAGACUAUUUGAUGUGCCGUCUUUAAACGGAGUCUAUCCCCGAAUGAAUGAAGUAUAUACCAGGCUCGGAGAGAUGAACAACGCUAUGAGAAACAUUCAGGAGCUCUUAGAAUUAGACAGUUCAUCCUCAUUGUAUGUGGUGGUCAGCACAGUUGGAAAAUUGUGUAAGAUAAUUAAGGAGGAGGUGAAUGAGCAGGUUAAAAAAGUAUUAGGACCUGAAGACCUACAAAGCAUUAUAAACAAAUUGGAAGAACAUGAGGAAUUUUUUCCAGCGUUUCGAGCUUUUACUAAUGAUCUUCUUCAACUCUUAGAAAUUGAUGACUUGGAUGCCAUUGUACCUGCAGUAAAGAAAUUAAAAGUACUUUCAUACUGAAAACAAGUCAAAUCAUUGUUACUGUGUAAAUUGCAUUUUUAACAUUUAAAGUAUUUUAAAGGACUAAUCCUGAGACAAGGUUCUAAAAUGGAUCAGCUCUCAGAAUUCAUCCUCUUACCAGUGGGUCAUUCUCAAUCCAUAUAAUAUUUAUUUUUUUAUUAUUUAAUAGAAAUUAGCUAUUAAGUUAUUAAAAUAGUAAAUUAACUUUAGAUCCCAUAAUCAUUUAUAUGCUUGGGUGCUCUAAAAUGUAAUGGUUUUAAGGAAGCGAUUGUGUGUAACAGAAGACUGAGCGAGAGAUUGCAAAUUAUAGAAAGUUGUAUUUAAAUUCAAGGUUUAAUGGCCUUUUGGUCAGAGAAAAAAGAAUCCCAGUUGCUUUCUAAGCGCAACCAAUAGGAAGCCAUUGCUCCCCAGGCAAGAACUAAGGGGCAUAUUCUGUUAAGAUACUCUUACAGCUGUUGCCCUUUCAAAGCAAGAAGCCAAGAGAGAAGAGGUUUUUUUUUGUCUUUGUAUUAAGAGAGGAAGUUAAUCAUGAAGUCAAAUAGAUGAUUAGGUACACGUCUUUCUGUGUAUUUAUUUGCAGUACUAUGUAAUGUCCUUUUAUAAAGAAGACCAGAAAUAAAGCUUUUGUAAAGAA